AUGGUGUCGUUUACGACUCUAUUGAGCAGCAUGGCUGCGAUUUCCAUCGUCGCCUCUGCUGAAACCCCUUCAGCUCAAGAGCUCAUGGCUUUGAAGGCUGCUCAAGAAUCCUAUCCUAAAUGCGCGCUGGCCUGUAUGGCUAAAUUGAUACCCGAGUCCAACUGCACGGCAACUGACAUCGAGUGCCUGUGUACCAAUGAAGAGCUCACCGCGCAGACGACUGUCUGCGUUUUGGGAGGUUGCACACUCUACGAGGGUCUGCAGACAAAGAAUGUCACGAUGACCAUGUGUGGCGCCCCGAUCCGUGACAAGAGCAUGCAGCCCCUCGUCAUCGGUAUCCUUUUCGGUGUUAUCGCCCUCAUCGCCUUUCUCCUUCGAAUCGGUGCGAUAUUUGUCAAGUCCGGUCGUCUCCCCGGAUUAGAUGACGCCAUGAUCCUCUUGGCCGUUCUAUUGGCCGUCCCGCCAACGGUUUUUGCCUGGACAUUGGUCGAGAACGGUCUCGGAAAGGACAUGUGGACUCUCACCAUGAAGGAAAUCAAGAAUGUUCUCCGAUACUAUUAUUUCGGCGAAAUCUUUUAUUUCGCAUCCAUCACGUCAACCAAGAUAUCCAUCUUGCUGUUCCUCCUGCGAGUCUUCCCCGACCAAACCUUUCGUCGACUAGUGUACGCCGCGUGUGGCCUAGCCUUCGCCUACGGUGCAUCUUUCAUCGUGGCGACAGCGUUGCAGUGUUGGCCAGUCGAAUAUUCGUGGCAGCAGAUUGAUGAGAGUUGGGGCACCGGGUCCUGCAACAAUAUCCACGUUCAAGGCUGGAUGAGCGCCGCUAUGAAUAUCGUUGUUGAUCUCGUUGUGCUUUGCCUACCACUCAAACAUCUUUGGCAAUUGCAGAUGGAGUUGAACAAGAAGCUCAUGAUCAUGUUCAUGUUCUCCCUGGGUAUCUUUGUCACAAUCAUCAGUAUUAUCCGCCUCCGAUCUUUGGUGCUGUUCGCAAACACCUCCAACGUAACUUGGGACUAUACCGCCCCAGCUUGGUGGAGCACGUUGGAAAUUCACCUUUCAAUCGUUUGCGCUUGCUUGCCUUCGGUACGCCAGUUGUUCGUCGUUCUUUUCGGCGACAAGGGGAAGACGACGAAGAAUAGUUACGGGAGCAGCAAAGCAUCAUCCAAGCGCAGUGGUCAAGAAUCUUCAACUACCGAGACUACUUACUCCCAGCGCCCACCGAAACAUGGCGAUGAGGGUGACUUCGUUCCCCUUGUUGACUACAAUGGCAACAAGGCUUCGGACAAGGGUUCCGCCUACAGCGUCAGUGUGGCAGAUAAAAAAGGUGAUGUUUGA